GGCGCUUGCGACUUGAGCGCCCUCCAUGCGUGAGUCAGGUUGUUAAACAGCAGUGCCUUUCUCUUUCUGGAUGACUCGCACGCUGUCUAUCUAGCCGCCCGGUUGUUGUAUGACUCGGUGCGGGGCUUCCUGUGUUGACUCAGGCGUGGUUUCUCAUACUUAAAAUGGGUGCGCCGUGGGCUUUUUUACGUCUACUUAUGCCUUCGUACUCUCUUCAGUUACCGCAGCGAUCCUGGGGACCGGGAUGCUCCUGGUCGGCGGGCGAGAUGUGCCUCGUCGUCUACAUGGAGAAUCGCCGGCAGAUGAUUGCCGCGUACCUGUGUCUCGUUUCGCAUAUUAGCAAUGGCGCUAACGGCCCAUUGAACCCGAAUUUCUGGAAGCCUUGUGGGCUCUUGCGGUAGCGUUUGCUAUCUAAUGAUCGCGAAUCAUCGCUACGACGUGUGUUGCUCACCCAUCUCAUGCCCUCGAGCCUCGACUAAUGUCUCUCGCUGAGAAUCGUCGGUACUUCCAGUUUGAGUGAUUAUGAGUUCUUCCACGGAGUGGCGUCGAACCAGGAAAGGGGCGCCUUGUUCCAACGAGGCCGAUCAGAUGAGGAUGAGGUGCAUCGAAUGGUCUAUAUUAAGGAGGGGUCGAGCACUAACAGGGAUGUGAUCGUGCGAUUCUGGAGAUGUUCAGUCAAUGUAAGACUGUUAAUUGUAAUUAGCAUUCAUAUACAAUAGAGCGUGGUGAUACCUAGC